UUGCGCAAUGGAUGGAAAUGACGUUGGUUGUUUGGACAUUGGUCCACCCACUUCAAUCAAUUCAAAGGGCAUUCCAAGUGUCAAUAAUAAUACUUGUGGGGUACCGAGCCAAUCAACUGGAGAAUCCGGGAAUUAUGGUUACAGUGGUACAACAUCGUCCGGAAGGAAGGUGCAGAUACGUGCCAAAGUGCUCUAUGGCUCGGGCAAGGCUAUUGCUAAUCUCCAAGCUCGUGAACGAGCUGCCAAACAUUAAUCAUCAUGAGAUCUCUUAUCAGGAUACUCUUGGCUGGCGGCGUCAUCAUCCAGUUGACUGCACAAUCGGUUCAAGAGAUAAAAAAUUGUUCAGAAAUAUGGGCGAGAGGAAAGCAAUCCAAUUUAGACUUGGAGGAUCGGCUGGAGGAGGAUUUUUAUUUAGCCAAGGAGUUCGGAAUAAAGGCAAUGCACCAACUUUACAAUAUUGAGGAGCCCAAGUUGUUUUCUCAUGGAGUUUUUUUAGCCGAUGAGCAUCCUGCACGGUAUGUAGCUGCAUUUAAUCGUCAAUCGGAGGAAGCGAAACGUUUGGCUAGAGUCGCAUACGCUGCCCUCAAAGGCUCCGGAAAACUUGCGGAAAAGUAUGCAAAUUUGACGGAUCCAGUAACGAGCCAACUCGUGCGAGAAUUUGCCUCAACCUGGUCUUCCCGGGGGGCGGGAUUUCCUGAACGCUGUCCAAGAAGCGAUCAACCGACUUGUCCACCAGCGAGCCAAAAAUAUCGAACUGCCGAUGGAAGUUGCAAUAAUCUGGAGCACCUGUGGUGGGGCUCGGCCAUGUCUACAAUGCAGAGAUUUUUAGAUCCAGUUUAUGGCGAUGGAAUUGAGUCCAUAAGGAGAUCACGAAGAACCGGACGACCACUGCCAAGUCCGCGCGAUAUUUCCGUUUUAAUACAUGAGGAUAGGAAUAUUCCACUGGCUUCAGUCACGCACAUGUUAAUGCAGUGGGGACAGUUCGUAGAUCAUGAUAUCACUGCUGCCGCACAGAGCCGAGGUUUCAACGGCACAUUCCCCCAAUGCUGUCGGAAUCGCGGGGCUGAAUUUCAGCCACCGGAAUUCAUGCAUCCUGAUUGCCUCCCCAUCAUAGUUAAUCCACAAGAUCGAUUCUUCGGAAAGCAGGGUGUCAGAUGUUUGGAAUUUGUGAGAAGUGGACCAUCGCCGAGGGAGAAUUGCGGCUUUGGCCCACGUGAGCAAUUAUCGCAGGUCACAAGCUUCAUAGAUGCAUCGAUGGUUUAUAGCAAUAAUGUUGCCCACAGCGAUAGCCUGCGUAUCUUUCGAAAUGGUCUGCUGCAGUACGGAAAAAUUCAGUCUCGCAAACCACUGCUACCAAAAGGUGAGCCAGAUGAUCUCUGCCGACGUGGUUCAUUAUCAACGAAUUGCUUCAGAGCUGGCGAUGCUCGUUUGAGUGAACAGCCAGCUCUAACAUCACUACACGUAGUUUUUCUUCGGCUGCAUAAUAGAGUAGCUACAGAAUUGGCUGCACUCAACUCCCACUGGAGUGACGAGAAACUGUUUCAAGAGAGUCGUAAAAUUGUUGGUGCUCUGAUGCAGCAUGUUACAUACAGGGAAUAUUUACCCAUUGUUCUCGGUCCAGAAGUGAUGAAAAUUUUCGACCUGGAAUUACUGAGAGAUGGAUACUACAAUGGAUACGAUUCAACGACCAAUCCUAAUAUAGCCAAUUCGUUCUCCGCUGCGGCAUAUCGAUUUGGACACUCUUUAGUGCAGCCUAGUUUUGCUCGCUACGGUAGAGAUCAUCGUAUGAUAUUCCAGAAUAUUACAAUUCACGAAGAAUUCAGCAAUCGUGUGGACCUGCAAAGUGUGGGCUCAGUAGAUCGUAUCCUCCUUGGCUUGGUGAAUCAGCCAUCUCAGAGACGUGAUGAAUUCAUAACGGAGGAGUUGACCAAUCAUCUAUUUCAAAUACCGGGUUUUUCAUUUGGAAUGGACUUGGCCUCCAUAAACAUCCAGCGUGGUAGAGAUCACGGUCUUGCUCCUUACAUCGAUUGGCGUCAACCCUGUGGUUUAUCGUCAGUAAAGAACUGGAAAGAUUUGGAACGCGUCACCUCAAUAUCAGCAGCACGCAGUUUCAGCAGAAUUUAUGAAACAAUAGAGGACAUUGACCUGUUCUCAGGGGGUUUGGCGGAGAAACCAGUUGUAGGUGGACUAGUCGGGCCAACAUUUGCCUGUAUCAUAGCCCAACAAUUCAGUAAUCUCCGUAAAGGGGAUAGAUUCUGGUAUGAAAAUUCACACAGCCAGAACAGCUUCACCAUUGCCCAAUUGAAGGAAAUUCGUCAGAUUUCAUUGGCGAAAAUUUUGUGCAAAACUCUGGAUAAUAUCGAUACGAUUCAACCGUUUGUUUUUCUCACAACCGACAAUCUGCGAAACCGAAGGGUCUUAUGUAAAGAUGAAAGACUGGGUCAAUUGAAUCUCCACCCGUGGGCAGAGGGAAAACGUGAAAGGGGAAAUAGUGCUCUGCAGUCCAACGCAGUUACGGAGGAAUCAGUCAACAUGCCAUUCGGCCGGAAGGACAGAGCUGAUCGGAAUGAAGCCAAGAUGUUUCCUUGGCAACGACCCAAGCCCGUGAGAACCAACGUCAAUCAAAAGAACCGUAUAAUCGUUAAACGUCCAUUUUUCUCCCAGGAUAACGUCACAAUCGUAGUCCAAAAUCACGCUGUAAAUUCUCCUGUAUUCGUAACCGAUGCCAUUUAUAAUUCUCAGGUGCAAGAUCUUCAACAGUUGCCCUCGAACCCAUUAUCACAUUCACCGCAAAUUAAUUAUCCUGGAAGCAAUCCUUCACUAACACACGUGAACGAUCAGACCAAUUACCCAUACCCGGAGGUGGCAAGUGGAGGAUUUCCUGGUGGAGUUAACCCUCUCUACAGUCCAACCAAUCCUCCCCACGGGGUUAAUUCAGGUUAUCAAACUGGAGGGGGUAUAUCAUUAGGUGGCAGUAGCUUCGGGUAUCACACGGCUCAGUCCCCGCCUGCUCCCAAUACUCCUGGAAAUUUCGAGGCAAGUGAAGGCCUGCAAUCUUAUGGAAAUUUAGCACAACAACCACUGAUAAUUCCGAACUAUCCCGCUGGAACAAAACCCUACGUCUCGUCUUACUCGGGCUAUCCCCCUCAGCAUGAUAAUUCUGAAGAUCCAAAUCCAAGAGAAUCGACAUCAACAAGCUCUACACAUAGACCCCAUUACUACAAUAUUCCUCAACUCCCAUACCACAGCCAUGGUUAUCAUCAAUAUCAAAGUCCGAAUAACUGGCUAAAACCAAUUUACCAUCGAAACACCGAGGAUACUCGCAUUUCAUCACACCCAACAUUAAUCUCCACCACUAAUUAUAACAUGAGAGCCAACUCGAAAACCGUUCCUCAUAAAGAUUCUGAAGAUAUUAAUUACGACGUUCCAAAGCCGUUUUUAAGUUUUUCAACGUCGAAGAGCGAUAAAGAGACCCUCAUUAUUGCUGAAAAACAUGUCAAUAGUCCUUCUGACUUUAUACCAUUGAUGAAAGACACUUACUCAAGUAGUAAUGAGUUGCCAAGACCUUUGAGUCUAACAACAUGAGUAAUAUAGCUUUAAUUCACAUCAAUUAUGGUAAUGGAUAUACGUGUACUCCACUUUCAUUUGAUAUCCUAUUGUCCCAAGAAGAGAGGAGUCUAAGAAUACUAGAAACAGAUAGAGAAAAACAAAAUAGAACCGAGAGAGAUGAAAUAGAAAUUGGGUCAAUGGAAUAUCGAAUGCCAUUCCCAGAACUCAGUGCUCACUAAAUGCCUAUUAUGUUUCAUAAUGUUGUUCAUUAAUUUGAAAUAAAUGUAUAAUGUAAUUCAAUAA